AUGAUUUUAUCCCCAUCCGUUGUGCGAACAGUAGUACGUACACUUUCAUCGUCAUAUGGAACUUCGUUUCCUGCAAUUCAACACGGAAAAGAAAAACUAGUUCUAAGAUUAUGGCAGAACGUGUUGGAUCAAGACCAAGAAUGUUUCAAGCGAUAUUAUUCAACAGCAAUUGAUUACCAACAAGGCGAUACUCUGGGAGCUUGGAGUAAAGGACAAUUAGUUAGCGUAGCACAUAUUUGUUGUUUCAUGACUCAAUGGAACUGUUCACUAUUUAAGUGCGGCGGUAUCGCCAAUGUUGUUACUGUAUCACGGUUCCGCCGUCAAGGUUUAUCGAGAAAAUUAUUGGAAAUGGCUAUUAAUAAAAAACGAUUCGAGAAAAAUUUUCAUUAUUCAACUCUUAGUGCUACAGUACACAAUCAUUAUGAAGUACUACCGAGGGAAAGUCAAACCACUUUUGACGUAAAACUUAGUGGACAAUGGGUAACCGAGCAUGCUGAUUCCGAAUAUGACAAUGGUUUUUGCCAAUGCGUCUUUGGAGACCCCGGUUUUUGA